AUGAAUAACACUUUACUCCCAAAUUUAGAUGAUAAGCCUUAUUACCACAUCUACGAGCCUUCCCUGAAAGAGACACUCAAUGCCAUCCAUGUGGAAUCACAAACAGAGUCUCUUUCUCCAAGUGAUGAGAAAUCUAUUUACAUUCAAAAUCUUAUCAUGAGGAUGUUCCCUGAAAUCCAGCUUCGAUAACACAGCAUCCUCAUCUGCCAACAUUUGUAUACCAAAACAUACACGAUCUUCUUCAUGAAUUCAAAAUAAGUACCAUAUAGCUAUUGUUGCAAUCGUCCACUUUAAGUUCGUUGUUAUCCAAUUGGCUUCGGUUUAGUAUUGUGUUCAGGAGAACGAUGUCCAAAACCUGAAUUGAAGGCGUUCAAAUUCAGUGACAAUACUCCAAAAUUGGAAGAGAAAUUGAACAACAAAUUGUCCAAACUAAUUUCUAUGGGGAAACACAAACAUGUCAAUCUGAUCUAACAGAAACAGCGUUUGGGGUUGGAAGAGUUCAAGAAACAUGUUACUGAGACUCCAGACACAGUUGUUGUGAAACCUCGUUCACAAUCAUAUUAUAAGGGAAGUUCAAAUUUCUUGAAACGACCCUAUAAAUUAUAAAAAAUGGAUCCAUAAUUGAGUCACUACACAUAAUUCUUCAUCGUUGUCACCAAUCUUUGUAAGACCAACCAAAUCACAUCUGAACAGAAGACUCUCCUCAAAACUAGUCUCACUCACAAAGAAGACAAAAUAUGUCGUGUUCUCAUUCAAAAUAGUGGUCCUGGAAAGGAAAUGCAAUUACGAUAGGCAAUACUCGAUUAUUUGGAUGAAUAAAAUAAGGCAUUGCAACGAAGACGAUAACAUAAAUCCAAGACUGUCCAUUUUAUGAAGGAUGUUACAGAUGAAACCAAACAACAGAAUGCAAACUAAUUUGAAUAAUCUAUCCCAUAGCCCUUAGUUGGAGUUGGUGCUAUGAUCGAUAAACUGACAGAAUUGUUGAAUAAGCACAUUGACAAGCACAAUCUACUUGUGCCAGAAGACAAAGAGAAGUUAUUGCAAUUAUGCAAUUUGAUACUACAACUCACAGCUGAAUAAGAUGAUCCCAAUGGCUAGCAUGCAUUAAAUACACGCGACAAUAAUAAGUUGACUGAAAUAAGUGAGAAGGAUGGCGAUUCUUGCGAAGAAGAUGUGUAUGACAAAAUGAAAAGGCAAAUCAACGAGAUCUACAAGGAAUUAAAGAAUAUAAUUACUGGCAACUUGCAUACUCAUCUACUCCUCAUGCAGGAAGACAUUUCAUAUGAAAAUUUGUAUUAAGUACUCAAAUUCCUUCUCAAGAUUCUUGUCGAUGCUGAUGAAUUCACUUUCUUCAUUCAUCGAGACAAGGAUUGGGAAGUAUACACUUCAGCCAAUGAUUCAAUCAAAGAUAUCACCACUGAAGAAGCCUAAAAAGUAACAGAUGAAUUGGCAUAUAUCCGACCAUGUUACAUCCACAGAGUCGAUCAAAAAUAGAAUCAAUACCCUCAAAUCCAAGAGACCUGUAAAUCUAACACUUAUGCACAAACAUCCCUUGUUAAAUUCCAAUUGAACAUUAAGAAUUAUGAAGUGCUCUUCUGUUUCCAUUGGACAGACAAGGACAAGAAGAACAUCAAACGAAACUUCAUCAAUUAUGCUAACAUCUAUGGAUUUAACACAGAUGUCACUCACUUAGCCUAGUUCUUAGUUGAAACUAUCAUAACUGCUAAAGUAUAAUUUUUCAAUCCCUUACGCUUUGCCGAUCAAGUACAAGACAUAGGAAUUACCUUUAUGAGGGUUUCAAGAUUUUUAUUGUUCGAAGGCAUUAAAAAGGCUUUAAGUCAAAAAUAUGAUGUCGAAAAGGCACAAUAGAAUUAAUCUGAAGGCGUUGUUAAGAAAGACAAAGACCUGCCUUCAUUAAAAAUAGAAUUAAAAGACUCAAACCAACUGACCUUAAGAAUCACUAACAUGGAUCUGAAAAAUGAACAAGAUCAAAAUUUGUAUUCACUUUUAAUCCAAAUAUUAGAGAGGUAUGACGGAUACGUGAAGCUAUGUUAUGAAAAGUCAGCAUUUUACAAGUAUUUCCUCAGAACCACUGACUCCCUAUUGUUUGAUUUUAAUAAGCAAGGAGAACUGAUAUUCCUAAGUAGACCGAUUUCCAAGUCUUUGAAACAAAAGCAUAAUAUCACAUUUGACCCAAAAGCAAUUCUAUACAAUAAAAUUACUUAUCAAGAUAUAUUUGCUUAAAACAGUAUUAUUUCCAAUAUUGAGGUGAAUAUUUAGAAUAUUCAUGAAAAUAGGCAAAAUCAAUAUUUGAGCAAUCUCGAAAUCCCUCAAUUUGAAAUAUUUCUUAAAGUGAUUGAUAAUGACUUCAAAGGAUUCACAGUUAUAUUCCAUGAAAACGAGGCCAGGAGACUUAAACACUACUUCAUGACUCUGAAGAUGGACAGCAUGACUAAUGACGUAUAGAAGGAAGCUGAAGUCAAUAAGUCAUUUGAGGAGGAUAUCUAAAGACAAAUACUAAUACAAUACAACAAACAUCAAACCUUCAAGUUCCUAAAUUAGUUAGAUGAAACACAAGAUGUAGCGAAUUCAAUGAUUGCUCUAUUCAUUCCUGAAAACGAAUUGCAAUAAAUUAGACAUCGUAAACCUGAUGUAAAGGGUUCAGAAUCAUAAACUAAGGACAUGUUAAAUGGUUAAUGGGUUAUUCCUCCAUAGAAAAAGAAGAAGAUCAGUUCAAGUGUGUAUAUCAAAUGUCAGCAACAAUUAGAGUAAGUCGAUGUAAAUUAAUUUAAAAUCCUUGAGAGGGAUUCUCAAUUGGAUUUGUUUGAAUUCAAUAUUUUGGCUCUGGAUUCCUCAUAAGAAAAGCAUAGAUUAGUGUAUAGUAUUCUGGAGAAGAACGGAUUCAUUGCCUAAUAUCAGAUGAAUAAUUUAUGUCUAGCUUAGUUCUUAAGUGUUCUCUAAAAGAAGUACAAUAAGAAAAAUAAUUCAUUUCACAAUUAUGAUCAUGGUAUAUCUGUUAUGUAGAGUGCUCAUUUCAUGUUGCAAUGCGGAAAGGCCAAACAAUUUAUCGAUGAUUUCAGAAGGAUGGCAACCAUUAUAUCUGGGCUGUGUCAUGAUGUCUCACACACUGGAAGAACCAAUAUGUUCAUGAUCAACAGUUAGUCUAAGUUGGCCACCAGAUAUCAUGAUGCUAGUCCUCUUGAAUAACAUCAUGCAGCCACCACGAUAUUCAUGCUCAAAGACUAAUCCCUCAAUUUCUUAAGCAACCUAACCAAAGAACAGCACCAACAAUUCAGACGCAUUCUCAUCGACAACAUUCUCUACACCGAUAUCAAGGUCCAUUUUACUCUCUUGAAAGAUUUUGAAAGCAGAAUCAAGGAAGAUGUAGCAAAACCAUUUGGAACGGGAGAUGAUGAUCUUAAACUAUUAACUGGUAUGAUAAUUCACACUGCAGAUUUCAACGGAGGAGCCAAAGUUUUUGAAAUCUCAAGAAUUUGGUCAGAAAGAGUGAACAAAGAAUUUAGUGCUCAGUAUGAAGAAGAGGGCAGAUUGGGCAUUCCAUAAACACCUUUCUUAAAAGAUUUGGAUAAAAUAUACAUCAUGGCCAAAUCUGAAAUGGGAUUCUUUAAAGUUAUUGUAAGACCUUUGUGGUUUACUCUAAAUGCCUUUUUUGAUGGCCAUUUGCACCAGAGCAUAACCAAUCUUGACAAUACUAUUAUUAGUUGGGAAAAGAUCUAUCACGCCAAUCUUCCAAAAGAAGAACGACUAUAAUAAUCAUGAAUAUUAUCAUUGUUUAUUUUUUAAGCAUUCUAUCAUUAACUAAUUC